AUGAGUGUUGAUGGAAGCGUAUCUGGCAGUUCCGGUAAGAUUCUUGUUCUCUCUAUAAGGAAUGUGGAGAUGAGUUCUUGGGUCUCUGAACUUUUUAGCCAAUCCAAAAUCAAUAACGUUAACUUGAGAGCCUUUUUUACCAAUACCCAUCAGGAAGUUAUCGGGCUUGAUAUCUCUAUGAAUGAAACUUCUAGCGUGGAUGAACUCGAUUCUGCAAAGCAGUUGAUCAGCCAGCAAAAGAACGGUUUUAUUAAGACUAAAGCUACUGAAACCGCCACUGAGGCCGAGACCAAGGCCACCGAAACCGGCAAGUCCUUCACCGAAACCGCUAAGGAAUACGAACAGAAGGCUGAAACCGGCCUUAAAGACUUGGAGGCUAAGGGCGAAGCCGGCCUCAAAGACCUUGAGGACAAGGCCGGUCCUACUGCCAAGGACCUUGAGUCCAAGGCACAAAACGCUAUCUCCGGCUUGAAGGGCGAGGGCGAGGCUGCCGGUACUGAGGCUAAGGACACUACUGAGUCUGCUGCCACUGCUACCAAGGACACUGCUGCUGGCAAGCCCGAAGAGACCAAGACUGGUUUCAAGAAGUACGUUGCCAAGUUGAAGAAAGUUUUCGACCUUUAA